UUAGAAUUAAAAACCAACAAUGCAAAUAUUACACCAAAAGUAAACUUUUGCAAAAUUGAUGUAGUUACAGUAUUUUAUAGGGAACCCUCCGCCGCUUGUCGGCAAUUCGCGGCCAAAACUGGUCAUACUGCUGGCUGCAUCUUCUUCGGACAUCGUGAAAAAAUCGGCGCGCCAUUUCUGUCAUCUUUUUGCGUCGAAGUAGCUCUGUUUAUGCAAACUAAGCAAAUUCCCGAGUGUUUAUUUGUUUUAGACAGAGCCCGGCCGACCGGCAGCCGCCACAGCUUCGAAAUAAAAGCUCCUUCAGCACGUUGGCCAACGUUGUGAAAUCGAGGCAUUGCUCAUUCCGAUAACUUGUGCAAUUCCUACGGACGAACAAAGGGGACUACCCGUUGAAAUACCAUCAGACGCGUGACAUUCGAGUGAGCAUCAUGUUUGGUGGCUCGAAACCAGCCUAUGGAGCUACCGCUGGGUCCACCGGAUUCGGUGGGUUUAGCGGCGCCACCACGAGUACUCCCUUUGGGCAGUCGGCCUUUGGAAAACCAGCAGCUCCUGCAUUCGGCAGCACUUCGACCUUUGCUGCACAACCGGCGCAGCCUUCGUUGUUUGGAGCCGCAGCUACGACUGCGCAGCCAGCUGGAGGAUUGUUCGGGGCCGGCACCUCGAGCGCCUUUGGAAGCAACACUACAGCCCAGCCGACUUCAUUUGGAGCUUUCUCUCAACCCCAGCAGACAUCAAAUAUUUUUGGAACCACACAAGCAGCAUCCACACCCUCUCUUUUCGGGCAGUCCACUCUGCCCGCCUUUGGAGCUGCCAAGCCGGGGAUUACGGCUUUCGGCCAGACGGCCACAGCCCAGCCCACAACGUCGUUGUUCGGUCAGCAGGCAGCUGCAACUAGCACCUCGGGAUUUGGCUCAUUCGGACAGGCAGCACCAGCCACAACAAGUGUAUUCGGCAGCGGCACGAGUUCCGCCUUUGCGCAGCCUCAGGCCGCGGGUGUGGCAGGCGGAGUGAAUCCAGGCACAGCCGUGGCCAAGUAUCAGCCGACCAUCGGCACGGACACCCUCAUGAAGAGUGGUCAGCCCAAUAAUGUGAACACCAAGCAGCACUGCAUCACGGCCAUGAAGGAGUAUGAGCUAAAGUCACUGGAGGAACUGCGAAUGGAGGACUAUCUUAGUUCGCGAAAGGGACCACAGGCGGGAACUGCUCCUGGAGCCUUCGGAUUCGGCUCCCAGGUGGCUACACCGGCUCAGCCCGCAGCUACAAAUCUCUUUGGAAGCACAGCCCAACCGAGUACUGGUCUGUUUGGACAAGCAGUCACCGAGAACAAGAGCUUAUUUGGUGCAUCAGCAUUUGGCCAGCAACCGGCGACGAGCAGCGCUUUUGGAGCACCCGCCCAGCAGAAUAGUUUUCUUCAAAAGCCUUUCGGAGCUGCAACGGCCACUAGUUUCGCUGCACCAGUUGCAGACGCCUCGAAUCCCUUUGGAGCAAAGCCAGCGUUUGGACAGGGAUCAAGCUUGUUCGGCCAGACGCCCGCCACCAGUGCAGCUCCUGCUUUCGGCCAGACCUCCACUGGAUUCGGAGGAUUUGGCUCCACAGCCGGCGCAGCUCCACAAACAUCAUUAUUUGGAACGACACCAGCUGCCGAUCCGAAUAAGCCUGCCUUUGGAUUGGGCACAGCAGCACCAGCAGCCAACACCGGGUUCGGAUUCGGGGCCACGGCCACAAGUACCGCGGGAGGAGGACUCUUUGGGGCCAAGCCAGCGACUAGCUUUGCAGCGCCUGCCUUUGGAGCGACUUCCACGGCUAAUACGGGAUUCGGAGGCUUUGGCCUGAAUACCAGCACAGCGACCACAGGUGGUGGUCUCUUUAACUCGGGACUAAACAAACCGGCUACAUCGGGUUUCGGAGGAUUUGGAGCCACCAGCGCCGCACCGCUUAACUUCAAUGCAGGAACCACAGGAGGAUCCCUGUUUGGAAACGCGGCCAAGCCGGCAGGAAGUUUAUUCGGAGGAGGUACGAGCACUCUGGGAGGCACGGGAGCUGCGCCAGUGGGAGGAGGCUUGUUCGGCGGUGGAACUAGUGCUUUCGGGAACACGGCAGGAUCGUUGGGUGGUGGAUUCGGUGCUCUGGGAACAAAUAACUCAUUGACAGGAGGACUUAUGGGAGCGCAGCCCACUGUGGGCAUUGUCACCCCAUCGCACCAGCCUAUUCACCAGCAGAUUCUGGCGCGGGUCACUUCUCCCUAUGGCGACUCGCCCAUUUUCAAGGACCUGAAGCACCGGGACGAUGUGGAUGCCACUAGGGCCACAAACCCGGCCGCCCAGCAAGCUGUAUUGGAUAUGAAUAGUAAUCAGUACAAGAUUGCCACCAAGGACAGUCCCGCGGCCAUGAAGGUCAAGGCACUGGGCAGCUCCCUCAACCGGAAGUCUUUGUUCGAUGGCCUCGAGGAGUUCGACGCGAGUGUGGAGGGCUUCAACCUCAAGCCGAAUGCCAAACGUCUGGUGAUCAAGCCCAAAGCAAAGCCUGUAGAAAGUGGAAUGCCAUCGUCAUUGAACGGCAGUGGCCCCAGUACUCCUCAGUCCCGUCCAAAGGUAGGAUCUCCCAACAGGGAACGAGAGUCAUUUGGUGGUGUCAUUCCAAGUGAACCGCCGGCAGCUGGCAACUCUCCCACUGCUUUGACUGGAAGGGAAAGCCAAGAAGGCACUCGCCGCGAGUCGUGGCUGCAUCCCAACAAUCUUGAGAAGGUCCGUCAGCAUAACAUCCAGACGGGCAUGGAUCAGAGCUCGCCCCACAACAGUACUCUUAACGAGCUGGUGCCACGCAAAGCUUUGGACACCUAUCGCCCCACUUCUAAUGUUCGCCUCUCGGUGUCUACUAUUCCUGAGAAUCCGUUCGAGGACCAGGCCAGCGCCAUAGCUCGUCGCGACACCUUCACCUCUGACCAGGCAAACGAUAGCUCGAUUUUGGCCAGAUCCCGCGACCGGGAAGCGGACGAUCAUUCAGGAAACAGGUCACGGCUGGCCAUUGAAUCUGCCAGCGAGGCUCAGGAUUACGAGCCGCAUCCCACCGGCAUAGUGUCGCGUCGCGUUGGCUACUAUACCAUCCCGUCGCUGGAUGAUUUGCGUUCGUAUCUGGACGAGGAUGGCUCCUGUGUGGUGCCCAACUUCACGGUGGGCCGCGAGGGCUACGGAAAUGUAUUUUUCGGCAAGGAGAUGGAUGUGGCUGGACUGAACCUGGAUGAGAUCGUUCACUUCCGCAACAAGGAAAUCAUCAUUUAUCCCGAUGAUGACAACAAGCCACCGAUUGGCCAAGGAUUGAAUAGGGAGGCACAAGUCACACUGGAUCAGGUCUGGCCGUUGGAUAAAACCAAACACGAAGCUGUCAAGGAUCCGCAACGCCUGCUCGACAUGGACUGGGAGGGAAAACUGCGCCGGGUGUGUGACAAGAAUGACACCCGCUUCAUCGAAUUCCGGCCAGAAACCGGUAGCUGGGUCUUCCGAGUCAAGCAUUUCUCCAAGUACGGCCUAGACGAGAGCGACGAAGAGGAGGAGCUGCCCACCGAUCCCAAGAAGGCCAAGAUGGCGGCCCUGGAGGCACAGCAAAAGGCGGCUGCCGAUAAGAUGACUCUGAACUCGUUGCGGCAGGCACAAAAAAUUUCAGAAGACGCAGCUCGCAGCUUGGAUCCCAAGGCUUUGGUGGCCGGAGUGGCCAAUGGAUUUCGCCCAAUGGACGACACUGCAGAGUUCCUCUUAAUGGACAAGACGCAAUUUUUCCAAGCUGGCGCCGCCGGAUCAGAUUUCUCCAUGUUCGAUCUACCAAGAACCCGGCCCACGAUCACAAGUCCAACUUCGUAUCUGGCCCAAGAGAUGGUGGGCAACGAACCGCACAAAAUGCAGCUGAUGAAGUCUUCCCUGUUUGUGGAGGACAAUGGCAGCGAGGACGAGAGCAUGGAUCCCCGCCUGCCCCGCCAACGAAACUUCUUCAAUGCGGAUCCGAAUCCCUGGAAAGAUGGCGCCUCCGAAGGUUCCAGCCAGUACGAUUUUGGACACCCAUCCCUCGCUCUGCCGGUGUCUUCGUCCGCGUCUGUGGCUAGUUUCCUAGGCGAUGCCCAUUCUGAAGAGACAUCUUCUAUGGCUACUGGAAGUAUCGUGGGUGUCGCAAAAGAAAAGCCUGUUUCGGGGCCGACCAUUAAAGUAUUCAAAUUCGUAUGUAAGCCAAAGGUGGCUCCCGUCAAGAUGUUUGCCACCACAGUUCCUUUGCCGCGGUCCAUUGCCAAUGACCUGACCAAAAACUGGGUUGCCGAUCUGGGUCUGUACAGGGGUCGCAGCUUUAAGCUGAACUUCGGACCCCACAACAUGCUGAUGCUGCCCACCACGUUUAACAACCAAAUAAAGAUGAAAGAAUUCACUGGACCGUCUAUCCCAGCGUCUAUGGUGUUUGCCCCCCGAUUGCCUAGCGAUUUGUCGCCCAGUGUCAUGCAAAUGGUGCAGUUCAACAUGGUUGGCGGCUCGGAAAGCUUUUACGAGAGUAUUGUGCCACAUCUGGAGGUACAGCUUGGUGACUGCUUGUCGGUGGAAGUGGAGGGAAGCGAAUGCCCAUGGCUUCAUCCCGACAGCGGUACGCAACUAGUGUCCAAACACUUUUCGGAGUCGCUGAAGCAAAGAAACGCUGGCCUCAAGGAGGACUACGCUGUGUCCGUGUGGUCGCUACUUUUCGCGCUGUGGGGUGACCACGAGGAGCUUGUGGAUCUGGACACUAAUUCGCAUUACACCGUCAUGUGCCGGCGAAACCUGCUCUCGGAGUGGCUGGAAAACACGUUGCUGGGCAAGGACUUGCUGUCGAAGAAGGUGAACAACCAUAGUUACCUUGGGCAUAUGCUAGACCUACUCAGCUGCCACCGGGUGAGCGAGGCCUGCGAGCUCGCUUUCAACUACGACGACGCCAACCUGGCCUUGAUUUUGGCGCAACUGAGCUCGGGACCAGUAUUUCGAAUGCUGAUGGAGGAGCAACUCUACGCAUGGCAGCAGAGCAAAUCCGACAAGUACAUCGACAUGGAGCGACUCAAAAUGUACAUGCUUUCUGCUGGCGUUCCCAUGAUGCAGUCCUCGCAGGGUGCUAUCAAUCUCCUUGAGGAUAACAAUUGGUUAACGGUGUUGGCCCUGCAGCUGUGGUACUUUACAGCCCCCACAUCGUCCAUCACGGAUGCUCUACUUGCCUACGACAAGGCGUUCCAGGCGGAGGAGUGCUAUGCUGAACCACCUCUGCCCAGUUACGACGGAGCCCCUAACGACAGUGAUAAACCUGUCUACGAUCUUCGCUACCAUCUCCUUCAGCUGUACUCCAAGCGCUCGCAUUCCCUGGAGAAGACUCUAAAUCCAAUAACACAUACCUCCGAUCCCAUGGACUUUCGUUUAAGCUGGCUCCUUCUUCAAACCCUGCGUGCGUUGGGCUACCGUCACUGCUCCGUCCCGACGGAAGCUCGUCUGACCGUUGACUUUGCCAGUCAGCUGGAAAACGAAGGCCUCUGGCACUGGGCCAUUUUUGUGCUGAUGCAUAUCAAGCGCAGACCCCAGCGGGAGCGGGCGGUGCAAAAUAUGCUGGAACGCAAUGUCAGCGUGUCUGCCAAGGUGGCUCUAAACCACGAAGAGAAGUUUGUUAUUGAUAAGUUGGGAGUCCCAGAGUCAUGGUUGGACUACGCCAAGGCAGUUAAAGCGGGCUCAUUUGGAAAGCACCACCUGCAAGCUAAAUAUCUACUGAAAGCAAGGCACUGGGCAGCUGCUCACGAGGUCAUCUUUGAGCACAUAGCUCCUGAUGCCAUCAUAAAUGGAAAAUUGGAAUAUCUGCAUAGCCUGCUCAUCCAGUUCGAGGACACCGAAGGCAGCAGCAUCCGAGUGCCCAACUGGGCCAACCAGGGACAGAUCUUCUUGGACUUCAUUGACAUAAGUGCCAAGUUCAAGCAUAUCCGUUCAGUGACGAACAUUGCCGACAUAAACGCCCGCUGGGAGAACCUUAAGCCGCAGCUCAGUGAGCUUUGCUCUCGGAUCAGUCUGCUGCCGUGUCCCAGCUCCAAGCACCGACUAUGCCAGAGCGAAAUCGCGCAGAGCUUGAGCUGUCUGGUACAUGGCAUGUGCAUAGUGUGUGCGGAGAUGGAGCCCUCAGCUGUACUCAAGUCGGCAUUAGAAAGACUACCCUUGCCGCAAGAGUUUUCAUCCAAAGAGCUGCGAAUCCUGCUCGAAGAACUGCUGGAAAAGAUUGAGAACGAGCCUCCGUUUAGGGAGAAACAGUCCAUCAUGAUGGAAACAUGAAAUCUUUGAAGAAGAAUAGUAGUUUAAGAGCAAAGUCUAGAUAAGGUUGACAUUAGGAAUAGGUAUAAAAAUUCACUAGCGGGCAUGACCCACAUGCCACAAAGCGCCAGAGUUAGGAUAGUUCUUAGGACUUCGAUCAGCCAUGAUUACUUCAUAGAUAGGGACAAAGCCAGAAUCAGUAAUAUAUAGUUUUUGUUACAUUUGUUUAUAUCGGUAUCUUACUAAAUUGAGCUAAUCUGUCGAAUUUCAUAACUGUAAUAUUCUUGAUAAAAAAUAUUAAAUAAAAUAAAAUUUGUUGUCAACAAAAA